UUUGCGUCUUUUUAUCAUGUUUUCCAAAAGUGUCCCUUGAAAAGUAUUUUCCACGGUUUUUCGACGAAUUUUUGGAAAUUUAUUGAAUUUACUUCUCUUCUGUGAGUUGACGUUAUUGAAUAAAAAAAAAUAUCGUCACGAAAAAGCGAAAAGAGGUAAAAUGGCGACAGAGAGCUUCGCCUAUUUACAGAAGGUGAUUACGGAUCCCGAGACGACUAUUGUCCAGGAGCAAAUUAAAGGCAAUGUCGCUAAGAUGCUCAUUAUUUUACCCGAUGGCGAUCAAAAAAUGAUCGUCUUUGAUAUUCCCCUCGAAAAUUGUACAGUCUUAAAUUUAUUGCAACAGGCCUCCGUACCACACAAUUCAGAUACGGUAAUUUCCUUGGUUCACGAUCCAAGUAAAUUUGGAAUCAAUUAUAUUGUCGAAAUUCAAGGCACCGAAUCGGGGGAGCAAAUUGCAGCUUCUGAUAUUGGUAUUCCAUUAGCAGAAGAUGGCAACUCUUCAACUUCGCAAGUCGAGGAAGUAGUAUAUAAGGUGGGAGAGCUUGCUGUUUGUCCCCACUGUGGAUUUUUGUCCUCGACUUUUCACAGAUGUCAGAGAUGCAAAAGAAAAUUGUCCGAGGGUGUCAAGUCCGUUCCUGAUAACUACUAUGUUAAGGAAACGGCGGAAAUCGCUCUUCCCUGUGAAAACUCGGACGAAGAAAGUAGCGCUCCCUCUCCGAAAAUGAGGAAGUUAGAUAUAGAAAUUGCAGAAUUUAGUGAGGCUACACAGUACGAAGAAUGCCAAUUCUCAAGUGAAACUAAUAAUUUAGUGGAAGAGGAAUUUAAUGAAGAAUCUCACCAUAACUUGGUGGAUUGCUUUGAAGAAUCCUUACACAUAAAACUCACCUGUCGCACUGUUAGAAUAGGCUCCUACAAAUACGUACCGCCAGAAGAUGUUAUGAUAUCCGAGUACGGUUUACGAUUAAUUGUUCCAACCUUAGAAGAUGAAAAGAAAUUUGUGAAAGUAGAUGUAAUGUACGAGGACAUCGUGAGGGUCCUGAUUCAUUUCGGGAGACAUCUUCCUGUACUUUUCUUUUUUACUUCGACGAGAGCUGGGCAGAAUAUUAGAAAUGCUGUAGGAAUGGUUGACCCGAGUGGUCUUUAUUACGAUCCUGCAAGUCAAGAUCGCACACAUAAGAGAAUAACUCUUUUACCUAAUACUAUUAGUGACGAUGCAAAAAAAUUGCUGAAAAAUUGGUUUGAAUCAAAGCUUGAAGAACUGAGCUUGUCGGAAGCGAAUGACAUUCUUGUGAGAGCAACACCGAAAUUACCUGCCGGUAACAGACGAACUAGAAGACCUUUCGUACAAGGACAAGGACACUUAUACAAUGCUGGUAUAAAGAAAUUUUAGAAGUCUUCACUUCAAGGAAAUCGAAUUUGAAGAAGAUCCGUUUAAAUUGUAUAAACAAUAAUCCGAUUAUUAUAUUUAAAGAAAAUCCUCAUGUGAUAGUAAGAAGUCCACUUUUAAGGGAUUAAUUAUAAUUAAUUGCCAGAAGAAUAAUUAUUGUAAGAUUAAGGAAAAAAGUACAAAAGGAUAUUAGAAUAUUAGAAAAUAAGAUGACUUGUUUGUAGAGAUUUUUUUUGACACUAGUAGUAUUAUUUUUUUCAGCCUAAAAAGGAAAGGUCAAAUUUAAUCAAAUCUUUGAUCUUUCUUUCCUUUAAAGACUUUUAAUCAAAUCUGUGGACUUUAAAUCUUUUUUCUAAUUUUGUGUUGCAUGCGAAUUUGAAUUGUUUGACGUUUGAAUAAAAUGAUUGAA